CUGACUCCAGCAUAUGUAACCUAAUACAUAUAAUCCCAAACCUGUUGAACACCGCUGCUGUAGAGGGAUAAAGUAAGCACGCGCGGAUAGCGGGAAAAAUCCAGCAAACCAACAUCAGGAGGAAACAUAAUCUUUGGCGUCAUUGAGCACCUUCAAGAGAUCCCCACAGAUAUGGUGGACACGCAGAUGUUUGCCUGGCCUGUGGGGUUUGGUCUGAGUGCUCUUGAACUGGAGGAACUUGACGAUAGCUCACACUCAAUGGACAUGAAGCCCUUCUCCACGCUGGACUACGCGACUAUAUCCGGCAUCGAGUAUGAACCGAGCCGGCCACAGAACGAGAUGCCACACAUGAUGGAUCUAACACACAUGUACAACUACAGAACGCAAGAGAACUACAGGGCACACGAGAGCAUCUUCAGAGCUUCUGAGAGCAACUACAGAGGGCUAGAAGGCAACUACAAAGGGCAAGAGGGCAACUAUAGAGGCCAUGAAGGCAACUACAGAGGGCAAGAUAGCAGCUACUCUGAAGAGAGCAACUACAGUGUACAAGAAUCCCUAAAUUCAAUCAAACUUGAACCUGAGUCUCCUCCACAGUUUGCAGAGAACAGCUUGUCAUUUUCCAAACCUCAUGAAGACCCAUCCACCUCAGUGUUAAAUAUUGAGUGUCGUGUGUGCGGAGACAAGGCCUCUGGCUUCCAUUAUGGUGUUCAUGCCUGUGAGGGCUGCAAGGGAUUCUUUCGUCGAACCAUUCGGUUGAAGCUUGUCUAUGACCACUGCGACCUGCACUGCCGCAUCCACAAGAAGAGUCGCAACAAGUGCCAGUACUGCCGUUUUCAGAAGUGCCUCAUGGUUGGCAUGUCACACAACGCCAUUCGUUUUGGACGGAUGCCCCAAGCCGAGAAAGAAAAGCUCUUGGCAGAGUUCUCCACUGACAUAGAUCACAUCCACCCAGAGUCAGCCGAUUUCAGGGCCCUGGCCCGGCAUCUGUAUGAAUCCUAUAUGAAGUACUUCCCCCUGACCAAAGCCAAGGCCAGGGCCAUACUCUCAGGAAAGAACAACGACAAUGCACCUUUCGUUAUUCACGACAUGAAGUCCCUGAUGGAAGGAGAGCAGAUGAUUAACUGCAGACAGAUGCCCUUACAGGACCACCGGAAAGCCGACAUGGGCAUCAUGCAUGAGGUGGAGCUUCGUUUCUUCCACAGCUGCCAAUCGCGUUCGGCCGAGGCCGUCAGCGAAGUCACCGAAUUCGCAAAGAGCAUCCCCGGCUUCGUGAACCUAGACUUGAACGACCAAGUGACGCUUUUGAAGUAUGGUGUUAUUGAAGUUCUCAUCAUCAUGAUGGCACCUCUCAUGAACAAAGAUGGCACGCUCAUCUCAUAUGGCCAGAUCUUCAUGACCCGUGAGUUCCUCAAGAGCUUGCGCAAGCCCUUCUGUGAAAUGAUGGAGCCCAAGUUUGAGUUUUCUGUCAAAUUCAACAUGUUGGAGUUGGAUGACAGUGACAUGGCACUGUUCCUGGCUGUUAUCAUCUUGAGUGGAGAUCGACCAGGAUUAUUGAAUGUCAAGCCCAUUGAAGACCUGCAGGAGACUGUUCUUCAUUCUCUGGAGCUCCAGCUGAAGAUUAACCAUCCAGACUCUCUCCAGCUGUUCGCAAAAGUUUUACAGAAGAUGACUAAUCUACGACAGCUGGUGUCUGACCAUGUUCAGUUGAUCCAGCUACUGAAAGAGACUGAGGUUGACUGGUGCUUACAUCCACUGCUGCAAGAGAUUAUAAGAGACUUGUACUAGUUUGUGGUUUGCUGAUUUUGAGUUUUUAAUCUAAUGCUAGAGGGUGAUGUUUUUCACUGUUUAAAACCAUAGUCGACAGAGAAACUAGAACAGAGUGUAACUUGUUUGGCAGUAACCGCUUUUGUCUUUCGAGACAAAAAGUGUCGUUCGGUGCCCAUUGCAAGGUCCCUAGUUAAAGAGGGCCGAACCACUGCGAAUAUGUUUUACCAGGUGAAAUAAAACCGCACUUUUUUGCAGGCCUAGUCAUUACAGAUAAAGCCAUGGACAUAAAAGUGAAACUCCAUUUUUAAUAGAAAAAACAAACAUAUAGAUAAUAUGAUUGAUUUUCAGCUAUUAUAGGCAAGUGCCACCUAUAUGUCCAUUAAAGUAGGACUGCAAUUAAAGUUACUUGUUUUUGUCCGAGAACUGAAAACCUUAACAAACUAAAUACAUUCUGCAUCUACUAUUUUAUGUACCAAAGAAUUGUACCCUGUAUGAAAGGUAAAACUGAAUUUGUACAGUAAGUAUGCAGCAUAAAUUAGCCUACACACCAAAUUUUAUCACAAGUGAGUAUUCACACUUCAUAUUUUUUUAUUUUACUUUUACGUUGAGAAAAUUAAACACUUUCUAAGAUUCUUUCCAAAGAUUUGUUUUUGCCUGAAAUUCAAAUGUUGUCUUUUAGAUUUGUGUUUUGGACAUCUUUUAUGUAGAUACUAGGAUGGACUUUUUUAUUAUUAUUAUUCUUUCUAGUUCUCAGUCAGGAAUUAAAUGUUUUUUUAUAUAUAUAAUUUUUUUAAUCAUUCCAAAGUCUUAAUUUCUGACUUUUAUUCC